AUGGCCGAUUCUACUCAACGCAUCGUCCCAGGCGCACCGCCUCUUCCUCCUAUUUCGAAGUCACAAAAGAAGAAGCGCAAGUCUGUUAAGGUGAAGGAUGGGGAGUCCCCCAUCGUGGAAUCCAUCGCUAUCCCAGAUUCUACCUCUGCGGCUCUUGAAGACAAGGCUCCUCAGGAGUCUGACACCAAAGAAGGGUCUAUCGCGGAGGAGCCUCCUGUACAACCUCCGACAGCGAAUGGAGUGCAUCCCCCAAUUGAAACGGCUCUCCUCAGCCCAGUGGUCGAUAUCAUAUCAAAGCGUUUGAAGGUCACCACCAAGAAGAUUUCGCGCAUUCAGAGUUAUGCGUCGACGGAUCCCGCAAAACUCAACGACGACCAAAGGCGGACGCUGAAAACCCUUCCUUCGCUUGAAUCCGUUGCCAAAGAGCUCGAGGAGCUGAAAAAGGCAGUGGAGGUACAUGAGGCUGAGCUGGCCGGCGAGCUUGCUGCAAAGCUCGCUGCAACAGAACAGGCGGCUGCUCUGCGUAUCGCAGAGGCUGUUGCAGAGGCACAGAGCGCACACUCCGCAAAAACCUCAUCAAUUCUUAGCUUCCUCCGCCUUCGCUCGCUGCUUGCCGAUCGCCAUCCUUCAGUUUCAUCGCUGGCAGUCGACGAUUCCGAGGCCGCAGCGAUUUUUGCCGCCGCUGACCAUUUACUCGCCGACGAGAGCGAGCUCAAGCAAGAGUUAAUCAGUGGUCUUUUGUCUGGAGAGGGCGACUUCCAGACUAUUCCCUAUGUUCGAUUCUUGGAUCUCACACAAUCUUCCCUCAACCCACCUGAGGAAGCAGCUCCCAUCGAUGAACCAGUUCCAGAACAGCCUGAGGUGCCUACAGAAAGCGCACCAGAGGUCGCCGUCGCUGGCGCAAAUGGUGUUCCGUCUACCUCUGCAAGCUUCCACUUCAUGCAAGAAAGCGAGUUGGAGAAUGCUACAACUGAAGGCAAUCAAGAUUGGGUUGAAGUCCCUCGUACUGAGGAUGGUCCUGCUCUUGCGGAAGUGACUGCCACGAUCACCGAAGUAUAUGUCGCUAACGAUACGAUUGUGGAGCAAACCGUGACAAUCACAACUGAGCCAGUUGCAGAGGUCCCGCCCUCUGGUACAGGCAACAUCGACUGGGCAGACGACGAAGGCGACCUUCCCCCUAUUGCGGGCUUGCACGCCAAGUUUGGUACAUCGGAGCGAGAGGUGGCAGGGGGCGUGGGUUCCGCGGAGAACGUGGAGAACGUGGGCACAGAGGAGGACGUGGAGGCGAGCGUGGGGGAUUCCGUGGUGGGGACCGUGGUGGCAGGGGAGGCUUCCGGGGUGGUGACCGUGGUGGUUUCCGUGGUCGGCACAAUGGCGAGUGGAGAGGUGGUGAUGGUGAACACCGUGGCGGGCGAGGAAGGGGUGGUGGACGCGGACGUGGACGAGGCUUCCCAGAUAACCGAGAUGGUGCUCGAGCUCCAAUCCCUGCCUGAGGCGAUUUGUAAUUCUUUUCCAGGCGGGGAGUGCAGUAUCAUCUAA